AUGCAGUCGCCCUUGACCCAUCGUGCUUUGCUACAAGCAGGCUUGGCAACUGCUAGUGGCGGCCUUGGUCUGCGGCAUGCAGCUCUGCAUGGGGCAGCUGCUUACACUGCGUCUGUGGCCGCCACGGCUGAUUUGUGCUUGGCUUUAGAUGCGAACUACAUUCAAAUUCCUCCAUUGGAUGAAGCUUUUCGGGCUGUUAAUGAGGUGGUGUGCGCUGCUGACUCCUUCCCUGUCCUGGUUCGCAUACGGCUGCGGCUGGCUUUGUCUGACACAAAGACAUCGCAUGCCCCUUGUGUGACAGCAUUGCGGACUGGUUCGGUGACCGCGCCCGCAUGUGCCCAUGUGGCGGUGACCCGAAACGGCUCCGUUCUGUGCUUGCGGCCCGAGCAGGUGGCUGGCCUGAGCCCUGAAAUUGAAAAAAGUGGGCUUCUCCCACCUCGCCCCGAAGAGCAUGGUGGGCCGGAGGAUGGUUCCCGUUCAAAGCGGUCGCCGCGAAGCCGAUGUCUGCAUCCCUUCCUCGGGGUUGCACGGCAGCUUUUGACCUGGCUGUGA